UGAUCUCCCGGCUUCCGUAUUCGGAAUAUGCUGUAGAGGAGACGGACAUAUUCGGUGAGAGAGUUCGUAUAUCUCGAUGGUUGGUACGCUUUAACGAGGAUGUUGAACUUCAGUAAUAUGCUUAGGAGGGCAUUCACUCUUCCUAAACAUGUCAAAUAUAUGCCAAAUUUAAAGCAGCCUUUGUUCUUUUUUUGCACCCAGCUUCGGGCGUCUGUCUCCACGGGGCCUCAGCAGCAGCAUGAAACUUUUUAUGAGUUUCGCACGUACAGCGUCAAACCGGAGUGGAACGCCGCUUUCCUAGAGCUGACAGAAAAGAAGAUUCACCUUCGCAUGGCUCUCGCAGAGCUCCUGGGCUACUGGAGCGUGAACUGCGGAGCCCUCAACCAAGUCCUCCAAAUUUGGAAAUAUGACAGCUACGCCCAGAGGUCAGAUGCACGGACUGCCCUGGUCAAUAACCCGGAAUGGAUGGAGGAGUACAUCGCUAAGGCCAUACCCAUGCUGGCGUACCAGGAGAACGAGGUGGCCUACCUGGUGCCCUGGUGCACUGUCAAGAAGCCCCCCAAGAAAGGUAUAUAUGAGCUGUCAACCUUCCAGAUGAAACCAGGGGGUCCCGCGGUGUGGGGGCAUGCCUUUCAGGCGGCCAUCAACGUUCACGCCAGCGCGGGCUACUCCCACCUGGUGGCCGUCUUCCACAGCGAGUUUGGACCACUCAACCAAGUUCAGGUCCUGUGGUGGUUUGAGGACCCGGAUACGCGGGCAGCGAUUCGGCACAAGGCCCACGGGGAUGCCAGAGUGGUGGCAGCAGUGAGGGAGAGUGUGAAGUAUCUGGACUCCCAGAGGAGCAAGCUGCUGUUGCCCACUACCUUCUCCCCACUGCAGUGACCGUUCGGCCUGGGGAAGGGUACCGUCAGCUCUGAGAACCACAUGCACUAAUCCAGCUUGGCGUGGUUUUAUUGCACUUGUUUUCCAUAUGGGAAGCAUGCUCUGCUACUGAGGUAUUUUAUUAGCUUGACCACAUCAAGUACAUCAAAGAUGAUGUAGCCCUUUAAAGAUGUGAGAUUUAUAGUCUGUUGUGCAAUAUGGAUCAAUCAAACAUAAACGUUAUCGCAUAAAAUGCACUCUUGUGAUAUUCAGUGUAGUUACAGUGAACUGUGAGGUUCAGUGACUCAUGCCCACUACUGUGGACCACAUCAAGUGUUUCAUAGAUAAACUGUGAGGCAAAUUAAAUACAAUUUCGACAUGAAGUGAA